UGAAAACACAUGCAGCCCCUUUGCUGUUGAAUGUGUCUCUGCUUUUAAGGAUAGUUUCCACGCGUACGCAAGCACUGGGUUUUUCUUCAGAGAAACGGCGUUCUAAUAGAUAUUGCCCGUGCAAGUAGUGAACCUUUUAUCCGUAGAAACGAGGGAUUGCAUUUGGAAUAUAAAGGUAUGCUGAACUCAGGAGCAAAGAAGACACCUAAAAGGCAGACCGAUAAGGUUACACAAGAAUGGUGAUUGUGAAGGAAGAAGGCAAAAAAUGAUAAUAAAAAUUCAUUGUGGUAAUAGUUAGAAGAAGGUGUACAGAAGAAAUUCUGAAUCGAAAAUUUUCUUUGUGCCACUUCGAUUACUCCUGAAGUUCGUGAGAUAUAAAGGUAUUUGAAAUUUCGUUAGAGUUGAGUGAAGUGCCAGUGAGUACCAUUUUGGGUCGCGUCCGUUUGCUAGUGUUGGAGAGUAGUCUACGUGUGGAUUUGCGACAUUCCUCUUCAAUCAGACGACUGUUGAGUUGGUAGCACCGCUAACGACCGGUGACGACGGUGCAUGCCUCUGUGCAUAGGCUGUGGUGGCUCAGGUUUGAAGGCAGAGCGGAUGCAACGAUACCGGACCGUCAGCGUAUAGAGCGAGAAACAGCGGAAAGCAAAAACAAGCCAGCUUUGGCGAUUCGUCGCGUGGUGACUCACGCGAGGUUUCUUGUUUGGGCACCACUAUGCGAAGCAACGAAUUACAAUAAAAGUAUGGAUAUCAAUGGAAAAUGACACCGUUACAUCCGACACUAGUAUAUGACACGAGAUGUGAGACGGUCCAGUAAAUUCCAUUUUUUUACUCCCGUCAGUGAUCUAUCCCUGCUGAUUCGUCGUGUGUUUAGUGAUUUGGUUUGGCAACGUUAAAUCCAUUUUAAUAAGUGGUGCUCCAGUGCUGUAGUAGAAGUUCAUACGUGGUGGAAUCCAGUCCCAGAAAAAAAGAUGUGAUAACGAUCUCCGAAUGGUAAAAAACGCAAUAUUACGUCGGCUGUGCAAAUUAAGUGCCUUAGUGAAGAAAAAGAAGUUUUAAGAAGACGAUAAAAAUAAUAGUUCCUGAAUUGAAACCUUGUCGGAAGUGAGUGAUUAUAGUGCCUUCGAAUUGGAAAUGCUUUAUUACGAUCAACGUUCCGCACAGUACAGAACGAAUUGCAGUUGUCGGUGUCUGAUUUAUUGUGCUCUGCCAACCAACUAGAAAGUCUACUUUGUACAAGUAUACGCUCUUUCGAGUACGAUUUUAGCUGAUAAAUAUAUUUAGGUAUCGAUUUAUUGAGGUGAUUCAAUUACAUCGAGCAACGAAACCGCCGUCCAUAUUGCGAGCAGAAGGCAUUCUAACUUAUACCAAGCCCAGUGGCCAACUGUCAGCGGAUAAGGCAAUCGUUUUCUGGCACGAAGACUUUCUAGGACCUUGCGCGACAGUAUGAAGUUGUAUCUUAUCGGUAUAACCGUCUAGGUAUAACUGAAUUCCUUCUGACAACAGCUUUUACGAUGAUAGAUAGGGGCAGCUACCCCUGCAACGAUGGUUGCGGCAGCGAUUGAAACUUCUAUUAACCAUGGUACGACUGGAUGAAUCGUCGAAUAUUAUUUAAGUUCGUCUAUUUUCUUAAUUUCAAGGGAAGAAGUGUUUCCCUUAAAAUCCGUGCAACAGAUAGCACCGAAGUAAGUUUAAUUCAAAAGAGAAGUACGUAAUAGUUAAGGGUUAGUAACGUAACUGAACGCAAAAUGAAUAGGUUAGUAAUAACGAUACUGGUAUAUCUGGCGAUAUCAGUGUUUUCGACACACUCAGAUAACAAUUUCUUUAGAAGGACUGAUGAAACAGAUAGGAGUAGUUCGGCGGGUGGCUUUAGUCGGUUUGAUUACCGGGAAAUAUUCAGUCUGAAUCGGUUAGCGCGGAACCGGCGAAGUAUAUCUGACGAUACAUACGAGACUGAGACAAACGGAUUGAAUGAAUAUGGAUAUGGUUCACAGGAAGUUUCAUCCCGGUCAAUGAAAGCAGUUGAUAAUCGAAAGCCUUUAUUUGUUAACUGCGAAGGUUAUGCCCCAUCGGUCAAAGAGGAGCGCGAGCUCGGAACAUACGUAAUUCAGGUUAACGCAACCGAUCCGGACGAACAUCAGACGAUUUCGUACAGUUUCGUGACGGCAGCAACUGAACGUUCCAAAUUUAGAAUUGACAAAACUACAGGACAAAUAACGACAAUUCAUCGGUUCGACCGGGACGAACCGAUUCGGGAAAAGGAAGUAUACAUUACUGUACGUGCUACGGACGAUGGUUUACCAAAUCUGGACGAUGUCUGUACGUUCAAGGUGACGAUUGAAGAUAUCAACGAUAACCCGCCAGUUUUCGACAAGACUAGAUACGAUGAACCAAUCACUAAGGAUGCUAAAGUGGGCACUAAAGUGGCAACUAUUUCUGCUACUGAUCUGGACGACGGGGAUAAUAGUAUCGUCAAAUACGAAAUUUUGAAAAAGUACAACGAUUACAGCUAUUUUAGAAUUAACGAAAAUAAUGGUAUCGUUACUUUGGCCAAAUCAGUAGAUAAAAGUCCAGGACAAUACUAUCAAAUCUACGUACGUGCGUUCAAUAUCAUACCAGAUGCGCCUCAGGACGCCGAAGUGGAAGUGAAGAUCCCGGUGAUUGAGUCUAACAAACUGCCACCAUAUUUUACCGAGGCUCAACAGCAGCCCAUUUCGUUGGAAGAAAAUUUUAGUAACUAUAGUACUGCUCUAGCCACCUUAAAGGCCAACUCCCACAUCAGUGGAAAACCUGAGGUGAUAUUCGAAUUGAUUACUGGUAGAACUGAGCAAACCAAUAGCAAAAAUACGUUCGUGCUUGAGCAGAAAGAGAACACAGCAAUUAUCCUGCUUGCUAAAGCAUUGGACUAUGAAACAAUAACCGAGUUCACACUAACAGUAAGUGUAAAGAAUACGCACGAUUUGAUUGCGCAAAGCAUCGUCAAGAUAAAAGUUUUAGACGUUAACGAUAACAUUCCCUACUUUACCGAAGUAAACUCCGGCUGGAUUCCGGAGAACGAACCUAUUGGUACCCCAGUCAUGCAGGUGCGUGCUUUCGACAUGGACGGAACGUCCGCUCAUAAUAUUGUUUCAUUCAGACUAGCGGACAACAAAGAAUACUUCAACAUAGAUCAUCAUACUGGAAAUAUCACCGCAUUGCAGAUGUUCGAUCGUGAAGCCACUGACACUUAUCAUGUAAAAAUCAUAGCAGAAGACAAUUCACCUUCUGCACUGUAUAACAAUGGUAAGCCGAAUAGUAUAUCGCAGACAUUUAUCAUCAAGAUAUCGGAUAAAAACGAUCAUCCGCCCAAGUUCACCAAAGAUUAUUUCGUUUCGGAAAAUGUUGCAGAAGACGCUAACAAGAACACGGUGGUUAUUGUGGUUACGGCACAGGACGUAGACACAGCUUCGCAGAUUACGUAUUCUAUAGUUUCUGGAAAUAUUGGAAAUGCGUUCAAGAUCGACGAAACGACCGGUGCCAUCUCCGUUAACAAUGAGUUGGAUUAUGAAAAUAUCACGGAGUACACACUUCAGGUGCGGGCAUUCGACGGAACAUACGAUGACAAUGCUACGGUUUCGAUCAAGGUCGAAGAUGUUAAUGACAACCUGCCCAAGUUUGCCAAAAAUGAUUAUGUGCUGGAAAUUGAAGAGGAAAAGGUAAUGGAAGGUUGUAUCGAAAACAUUACAGCGUGGGAUCCCGAUAUUAAAGACCGCUUUGCGCCGCAACACAUUAAGUUUGCAAUUGUUAAAGUUGAACAGCGUCCGUUACUGGAAAUUGACGAUAAUGGUUGCCUGCGGCAAAAGGCUCCCCUUGAUCGAGAUCCUCCGAAUGGGCACAAGGCCUGGCAGGUCAUCAUUUCAGCAACGGAUGAAGAUGGCAGCGGACGUCAGUCGACAACGACAGUCAAUAUCAAACUGAAUGACACCAAUGAUAAUCCACCGUUUUUGACAAAUAAAAUGCCGGUUGUUUGGUACGAAAAUCAGGAACCAGGCAGGAUUGUAACACUGACGGCGGAUGAUUAUGAUGAACCACAGAAUGGGCCACCCUUCAGAUAUGAGAUUCCGAAUAGUGCGGAUGAAAGCAUCCGUUCGAUGUUUAGAAUCGAUAUGGACGUUCUGUACGCAAUGGUAAGAUUCGAUCGUGAAGCGCAGAAAGAGUACUUCAUUCCGGUUCAAAUAACGGAUAGCGGAGAGCCACGUCCGCUGAGUAAGAUUAGUAUCUUGCACUUGGUGAUUGGUGAUGUUAAUGAUAAUGAAAUGAGUGAUGGAGAAAGUCAAAUAUUCGUGUACAACUAUAAAGGCGAAUCACCGAAUGCGGAUAUCGGGCGAGUCUAUGUCACUGAUCUGGACGAUUGGGAUUUGCCGGAUAAGACGUUCAUGUGGAAAGAUGGCUAUAGUCAUGAGCAUUUUCAGUUGAACAUGGGCACAGGUAUGAUCACGAUGCUGUACGGUACUGGAGGAGGACGAUACGAGCUGAAUUUUACAGUGACUGAGCAAUCCAGCUUCUUCCCGCGUCAUCAAGUUUCCGCUAAAGUGAUAGUAAAUGUGAAGGAAAUUCCAGAGGAAGCGGUUGAUAAAAGUGGUUCCAUUCGAUUCUAUGGAAUUACUGCGGAAGAGUUCGUAUCACGCAGCCCGUCUUUAUCGUCUACACCCAAAGAUCGUUUACAAGCUAGUCUAGCGGAAAGGUUGAAUAUAAGUAAGGAAAACGUGGACGUAUUCACAGUACUGCAGCAUGACAACAAUGCUACUUUAUUGGAUGUCCGAUUUUCAGCUCAUGGCAGCCCAUAUUAUGAACCAGAACGUUUAAACGGAAUGAUUGGAUAUAACCAAAGGAUGCUGGAGGAAGAACUGGGAUUGAAGAUGAUGAUGAUAAACAUCGACGAGUGUAUCGAGGAAAAGGUUCGCUGCGAGCUGUCCUGCAAGAAUGUACUGCAUAAAUCGAAUGUUCCGAUUGCGGUAUAUACAAAUACUAGUUCGUUUGUGGGUGUGAACGCAUUUGUACAGGCAGAAUGUGUGUGCGAUGCUCCACUGGCGACGUUCGACUGUUUGAAUGGAGGAACGCCGUAUCACGAUAAAUGUGAGUGCCAUGAAGGGUUUGAAGGUCCACGAUGUGAGGAAAUUGCCGUUGGUUUUUACGGGCACGGGUAUGCAAUGUACCCGCCGGUGAGUCCAUGUAAUAUGACUCGAAUUAGCCUGGAGCUAACUCCGCAACGAGAAGAUGGUUUGGUUAUGUACAUUGGUCCGAUGAGUUUCAAUCCACUAUUGCCAAUUCAAGAUUUCUUGGCAUUGGAGUUGGUUAAAGGAUUACCCGUAUUGCUAUUGGAUUAUGGAACGGGAACCACCCGGAUUGCACAUAAGCAUCGCUAUCCACAAGGCAGGCCGUUCACGGUCGAGAUAGUACUGCAGCCACAGACAGUAGAAAUGAUUGUCGAUAAUUGUAAGUUAUCUACAUGUAUGAGCCUGGAUGCUCCGAAGGGGCCAAACGAAUCCUUGAAUGUCAACGCUCCACUGCAGCUGGGAGGGGCAGCAGUAAACAUCGAAUCAUUGGGAUCUAUGUUUAAUUGGACCUACGUUCCACAGAGUCAAGGUUUCACUGGUUGCAUUCGAAAUUUGACGAUAAACGAUCGAACGUACAAUCUUGGAGCACCAAGUUUAGCUAAAAAUCACGAUCCUGGAUGUCAUCGUUCGGUAGCUGUAGCAGUUUCGUUCGGUAUCGAUUCAAACUUCCUGAUUGCUAUUAUUGUGUGUAUAGCGGUGCUUUUGAUUCUACUUCUCGCAGUUGUUGUCCACAAAAAGCACCAGGAUGGUUGGCACGAGAAGGACAUGGACGAUAUUCGAGAGACUAUCAUAAAUUACGAGGAGGAAGGAGGCGGUGAACGGGACGCAGAGUAUGACUUAACGGUGCUACGAGCGCCGCCUAUUUAUAUGGAUAAGCCGUACGGAAACGAUUUGCGACAGAAAGAGGCAAACGAGGUGCCCGAUAUUGGUGCUUUCUUGACCGACAAAAAGGAUGCCUGUGAUAAGGACGCGGAUGCCUAUCCGAUCGACGACGUGCGCCAUUAUGCGUACGAAGGAGAUGGAAACAGUUCCGGUUCACUGUCAAGUUUAGCUUCCUGUACCGACGAAGGUGAUCUCAAAUUUAACUACCUGUCUAACUUUGGGCCCAGGUUUAGAAAAUUGGCCGAUAUGUACGGUGAAGAGCCUUCUGAUACGGACUCGAACGUCGAUGACGAUGAGGGCUGGAGGAUCUGAGGUCAUUCACGCAAUGUUUGUGGUGUUAAAAUUUUCUCAUCCUAAGACGUGUCAGUUCAGCUGUUAUAGAAGCUAAAAGCUAUUUUCCAUGUGGUAGGCACUGUAUCAUUACAUUGAAAAACAUUGUAUACUGUGAAGUUUAUAAAAAAGAGAAAAGUUAUAAUUAAACUUUUGAAAUAUUAAUAUCAAAAUGGUCACAUAAGAUAGUAACGGUGCCUCCGCACCGUAUACAGCAUAGAACACGAGCGUCUUUUAGCUUUCAAACAUUGUUGGAUGAGUCACCGCUUUGUCGGCGAUAAAGAUAGGGAAAGGCGGUUUCAUGUGCCUGGUCGGGGAGAUAUUGGUACGUGCAAGCUUAACGGUAGGUUGUCAAACGAAAGCCAUAGGCUAGCGAUUCCCCCAUUGAAGACAUUCCUUUUUAUAGUUGUUAAGCGAUGCCAGUGGGUCAUUUUCAUUUUAGAAGCAUGACUCGUGGAUUUAUAUAUAUUUGUAAGCGGUAUAGGGUAAGUCAGCAGCUCGAAUUUCGCUUUGGCCAUGCUCUAGCUACGGAUCGGGAAGCCAAAUGGUCAAAAGAACCGAACAGACAAUGUCUUCCAACUGUCAACUUUUUGCAGUAUUUUUCGGUCAUUGUUUCAUACAUACUGCGAAAUAGUUACAACCAUUGUGUUCUUCUCUGAAAUUAAUGUAUAGCAUUCGUAACAUUCGGCCAAAGCGCUGUUCGACCAAACCAGAAGAGCAAAAGUUGUACAUAAAUAUCGAGAUCACUGCCUUAAAACUCCUUUCUCGAUAAACAAAAGCCUGUAAACGGUACCACAAAGUAUUGAUGAUGCAUUUUCGAAACGCCACGAACUGUCUAGACUGAUGUGUGUGUAUGUAUUAUAAUGGGAUGGAACGAAAUGGGAUGGGAAAAUACGAAUCUGGAAAACCGGUCGGCUUGUCGCACCAAUGUCUCUUCCAACUAUUACCCGUCGUACUAAAGUGCUUAUGGUAGGUCUUUCUUCUCCUCGUUGACCCUCUAAGGUCGUCGUUGUCAAACAUUUCAAUCAUAACAAAACUGGCUGUACCAUUAUGCGUACCGGAACAAAAACCGACAAAGAAAUCCGUCAACUUACAUGUCCGUCUCCAUUGAAGGAAGUAGAAGUCAUUUUCCAAAACGAAAGCAGUUACAAUAAACAUAGGGCAGAGCGACAGGAAGUUAGAUACCAGUAUGAGAGACGAAAACUAGAUGCCUUAUUCCGAUACCGGAAAGAUUGUACGAGAACGAUUUAGUCUUUUAUUUAACGGAACGCAAAUCAAACAAUUAUUUUAAACUAAGAAGACAGAAUAAAAGCAAUGCUUAAGGAGCAACGUAAUAAUAUUUUUAGUUUAUGAUUUUAAACAAAGCAUAUAUAGAAAAUAGAUAUAAUGGACCUGUGCUGUUUCUUUCAAAGAAUUGUGCUCUACAAAUGAAUUGUUGAACAAUAAAGCACAGUGUUAACGCGACGGCGCCUUCGUAGUGUAACGGUGGUACAUAUGAGCAAAACAUAAAGUAACAGAUAUGCUCUCGAUUUGGUCGAGAACAUGAUUUUAUACAGGAAACUAUUAGAUGUCAAUUUUCAAGCUAUAUUUUUUAAACAAUCUACCACAAAAGAAGCAGAAAUCAUAAAUAAAAAUAGAACACUAGUUUUAAGUGUCAGCAACCGAUAGAGGACGGAAGCGAAAAAAUACACACUGACUAUAUAUGAAGAGAAUCAAUAGCGGCGAACGCUAUACCGUAAUAUAAAAUGACGAAAAGCAGCAAAAAGUGAUCAAUAAUAAUUUUAGACAAGUAAAUCGGAUAGACUUAAUUUUAAUUUAUUUAAUUCACCUGCUCCUCCACACGACAGUAACGGAGGAGAGAUGGAUCGGUAUGUUGCAGCUAUACAACAAAAAGCGGACGAUCAAAUGUGUAAAUGUAAUUCAAUUUUUAAUUAGGAUUUUAAAUCAAGAAGAUUGGUUAAUAAAGUUUAAG